GGUGGCCGCCUCCGUCAUCUUCCUCUACUACACCAUCUGGACCCUCCUCAUGGUAAGAAAAACGCUCUCUUCCAAUCCAUCUGGGCACGGAACCAAAAAACGAAACCGAUCGACUGCCAAUCCGCGCGCAAUUAUACGACGAAUCCAUGCUAACUUGUCAUUCUCAACAGCCCUUCGUUGACAUCGACCACCCCCUUCAGAACCUCUUCCUCCCUCGCGUCUGGGCCAUCCGCAUCCCCGUCAUCCUCCUCCUCCUCGGAUCGGCCGUUGUCGGCUCCUUCGUCGGCAUGGUUAUGAUCCGAAGCAACCAGAAGAAAGCUGCCAAGGCCAAGGCUGCCGCUAAGAAGAAGGCUUAAAGGAAAAAGGGGCAGGGAAAGUCAUAAUAACCUUAUAUGUAUAUGUACCUAUCUAUGUGCGAGAAAUGAAUGACCUGUCAUCUAUGCCUGAGAUAAUCUGGGGGGAUUGUUAGAGUUGGUCAUAGCAAUGAACAAGUAAUAGUGGUCUGUCACAGUUAAUGAAAAAAGAGAAAAGAACAAUACGGAGAGACGUCGAGUUGGGUGUCUCGAUUGGUGUCUAUUCAAUAAUGAGGCGCUACAGAAAGCUGCUAAACAGUAGAGACGCUACCUAUAGAACAAAAAGGCAACUAUGGAGCCAUAUAGGCAACGCAUC